AUGAAUUCAGUUCUUUUCCACAACAAGUCCUCCUCGCACUUCUCGCUCUCUGAUCCGGCAGACCUGACGCUCGUGAACCUUCAAGAUGCGCAAGACACCACAGUCACCGCACUACCGCAGCCGCCUACCAAUACCGCCAUCGCUGCCAAGCCAGCGAAAGACAGUCUUUGGACGAGAUUUCUGGUAAAGUUGAGAAUUCUGCUUUGUUUCAAGCACGGAAAGGACGAACAGGAGGACAAGAAAGAGGAAGAGGAGGAGAUGUGCAUUGGCGGGCCGACAGGAUUCAAGCACGUCAGGACAGCAGGGCCUCGACCGAUGAUAGGGACCGUACCGGUCGUUGUUGAAGAGGAAGAGAGCGAGUGGGAGGAUAUGAGAGAAAGUGAGGCUGGAAGAGAUUCAAUGUGGUCCAAGAGAUAA